AUGAAGUCAGACGCAGAUUGUGACCCACCAGGCAAAGUGGACCCAAUGACCCACCGGGAUCAUUAAUAGCAAAAUUUAGCAAAACAUGUGUAUAAAUUAAUAAAGCUUGAAUAUCGUGACUUCUUUCGGAUAACGUGAGUUCGUACAGAUUGAUUCUACAUUCUACAAUUGCGGUACAGUGUAGCCUUCCAGCGCAAUUACGAAAUCAAACCUUUAAAAAGUCUCUACGGAGGACACUAUAUAUGUUCUCAAGCUGCGCACAACACAUUUUCACGUCACCAGAAGCAUAAGUAAUUAGGUCAAAAUGCACGAUGGCGGAAUUCGGUUAAAAAGUGUUAUGCGAAUACACUUGAUAUUUGUCAUGAAUACUGAUACAAUAACUUGUGUUCUCUUUCAUUCCACUAUAGAGUGGUGCCGGCUCGACAAGCCGUUGUACUCACUGUCGUCGUCAAAUUCAACCUGAAGAAAAAAAGUUGAAUUACCAAGACCAACCCUACCAUGCAGAUUGUUUCAUCUGCGAACAUUGCCGUAAUCCUCUUGGAACUGACAGCUUUGUGAAGAGAGAUGAUAAACGUUAUUGUCAAAAAUGUUUUGAACGUCUCUUUGCUAAGGUAAGUCAACAAAGAGGACUUGAGUAAUGUGGGGUAAGUAGUGGUAGAUGGCACAUUAGGGUAGGGUAAGAUAGGGUUAUGUAUGAGAUUCCUCGUGUCUCGCGCACAGUAUAGGGUAAAUUUGUGAAUUGGCAUGGGAUCAAGAUCAAAGGGAAAUACAUUUGUGCGCAAAAAUGAUGAUAUUACUGGUAAAGUAAAUAUAUACAUUAAUAUCAACAACAACCAAAGUCAUCAAUUGAUAUUAACAACAACGUGGACUACAUGCAUGCAUAGUUCUCCAAGACCAAAUCUGUUCCCGAGUUCUAUUUCACUCCACUAUUGACUAUAGUAUGUAUAACAUGACGUAGCUGCGCAGUUAUUCACACUUUACACGCCCAGCCUGUAACAAUGUUGAAAAACGCCCAGCCUGUAACAAUGUUGAUGAAAACAAGCUUGAACAAUAUUUUGCUGCCCAUAUUGUUCCCGGUUGUUAACAAUAUUGUUCAGCAUUGUUCAGCCUGAACAAUAUUGUUAACAACCAGGAACAAUAUGGGCAGCAAAAUAUUGUCCAGGCCUGUUUUCAACAUACAGGAUUGGCGUUUUUUGCAGGGUAAUAAAGGCACAGAAUAAGGACACCCAGACGUCUGACUUGUUGGUUUGCCUUUGAUUUUGGCAUAAUUAACCGUUGCAAUUAAUGCUGUCGCCAUGUUACUACUUCCUAACCACUGCGCUUACGAGAGGCAUCCACCCCCUUGAAAAUAACGUACGCUCAGGGGGCGAAUGCCUCUCGUACGCGCACUGGCUAGAAACAUGGCGAUUGUAUUUUGAUGACGAAUCAUUGAAAAUCAUGGCGUGACAGCGGUUACGCUUUUUGGCUGAGUUGGACUUCUGUGUGUCUGUAUUCUGUGGUAUUGGACAAAGUCUUAGAUCUGCAAUGUGUCAUCUAAGUGAUGCUUAUCACUCUUUCGUAGACUUGCAAUGCUUGUGGUGACACCAUAAAAACUGCUUCAGUUGAUUAUGAAGGCAAUUCCUACCACAGUGACUGCUUCGUAUGCAGCGAAUGUCGCAGUCCUUUGGCUGGAAAGAAGUUCCAUAAGAUGGGAAGAAAGCUGGUGUGUAAAGCAUGCUACCGUGAUAAGUAUGCCAAGAUUUGUGAUUACUGCAAGCAAGUGAUUGAAGCUAACAUCAAGUUUGUUGUGGAUGAUGAGAAGACUUAUCAUCGUGAGUGCUUCACUUGCAGCAAGUGUGGUCGACCUAUUGAUGGAGAGAAAUUCAACAUGAAGGGAAACAACCGUAUCUGUUUGAAGUGCCCUAACUGAGACUUCAACGAAGGAACUUUUCUUAUGACUCUAUAUCUUUAUAUUCAAUAUAUUUGUAUCGAAAAAAAUAUGUUUUUGUUCCAAGAAAAUAAUUAAACGCAAUGUUAAAAUUGCCGCGUCGUGGAUGAAUAUUUGCGAAAUAAAACGUGUCUGAUAUUGUGCUGAG